AGAAAGACCAUUUCCUUUCUUGUUUACCGUACCUAGUAGUCUGUAAUUCGUAUUAGGUUGGCAUUACUGGUAUGGUAUUAUAUGCUAAAGAAUCAAUUCUUCUGCAGUUAUAGUCCUUUUCCCAUCUUGGAUCGCAGUUGUCACUGAUACAAGCAAGUCUCAAAGUGUGUCCACUUCUCAGUCCUUGAUUCAAAGCGGUGAAUUGAUGGCACAAUUUACCGCUGGCGGCCGACUAAGCUCCCUCUUUAUUCGUGAUGGCUUAUCAGUUGGCUUCGACGUAUUUCACUACCACUGUAAAGUUAAACCUUUUGGUUACGGAGGUUUCAGAUUCACCUGCUCGCCUUCAUUCCCACACAAACAGAAGCUCUGGUUCUUUGGUGGUUUUACCGUGCAUGCCUCCCAAUCAUCAUCGUCUGGGAAUAAUUCAGGUGGCAUUUUUGAUGAAAUCUUGGAGGAUGAACCAGGUUUUGAGAUUGAUGAGCUUGCUGGUUUCAGAGGCUUGGUUCUCGACAUCUCCUACAGGCCUGUUAAUGUUGUGUGCUGGAAACGCGCCAUAUGUUUGGAGUUCAUGGAUAAGGUCCCACAUUUACCUCAAGUCGUCAAACGAAGAAAAGUGAAAAGAAGCCUCAGCCGUAAAAAUAUUCUUAAUCGUGACAAUUUCAUGUGUCAAUACUGUUCUUCCUGUGAGAACUUGACCAUUGAUCAUGUUCUGCCAAUAGCCCGAGGGGGAAAGUGGACAUGGGAAAAUCUGGUUGCUGCCUGUGCCAAAUGCAAUUCAAAGAAAGGCCAGAAAACUUUGGAGGAAGCAAAUAUGAAAUUGAUGAAAGUCCCCAAGGCUCCAAAGGACUACGAAAUACUGGCAAUACCCCUAACAAACCAGACAAUGAAGAUGCUGAAAUUACGGAAGGGGAUGCCAGAGGAGUGGCGGCAAUACCUCUCAAAACCAUAUGCAGCCCCGUGAUAGCUACAAGGGGGCAUGAUGACGCAUUGUGUGCUAGUUAAAAGUGCGAUCGUGUUCGUAUGUACUUACUGUAUAUAGGUGCAUAAACUUGUCACAAAUUAAACUGGCUUUCUAUAUAAUGCACGUACUAACUUCCAAACA